ACCAGGCAGCCAGGGUUAAAAAAGAGAAGAAGGUGCGCUCCUUGCGUCACAGUCUCUCUCCCAAUCAAAACCUGACGCGGCUGGAGACCCACAUUCGGAGCUGAUUCAUCCAGUCAAAGGAAGUCGUAAUAACAGACUGGAUCCCGCCCCUCAAAUCAUCUCGUCGCAUUUUCCCUCGUCCUCUCCUUCUUCACGGCCAAUCAAUCCUCCUGUUCUCGUCCACUCAACGAGCAAUCAGAAUCGCCUAAGGCCUCUCGAAACAUUUGAUUUGAUUGACCUGUGUCGCUACCUUUAUUCUCUGGCCAUUCACAAUUCACAAGCACUUCUUCCCUUGAUUGGAUCAUACACGCGCGCAAGCCCAGCAAUCGCUCCCGCCCGCGAACCACAGACAGACAGCCAGCCCAGUAAACGCUCUGUGCUCGCAAGCCCAGUCAAAUUCUGCUAUUCGCUCAGCGCCCGCCUUAUCACCCCAAAGGGCAACACAUAACACGGCAGAGCAUUAGUCGAAGAUCAGUUCUUACCAUCGCAUCUAUUCGCUCUGUCUUCUCUUGCAAAGAUCUUGUUGCAACGCCACUUGAUAACGCGUCAAGUACUGAACAAUUCUUCAUUGAUCUUUUACGCGGUUAACGAAUAGUAACGCGACGAGGACGUAUUUCCUCGACACUUAGUGAUCAGACUGGAUUCCUAGUGGAGAAUGGACUACAGUCAAUACCAGCAAGGCCAAAAUACACAUCCCGGUUACGCGAACUCUGCUACUGCUAAUAACAUCGCUUCACCAACGAAUACUAUUCCCCAGCACACGGUACAAUCCUCACCUGUCAUCGCUUCUCAACAGCAGCAAGCUCAACCACAAGGACACAACAUGUACGGACCACAAUACGGAGUGGCACAACAGGGCAUGCACUAUGCGAUGCCUGGUAUACAGGCCGCCGCGAUGGCAGCAACCGCCGCUGCUUCUGGCACGAACUAUGGCUAUAUGUCAUCAGAUCCCAAUAUUCCUCAAAGUUCGCCUCGGAUGGGUGCCAAUGCCAAAAAGGACGGACGACAAUCGCCUCGAAUGAACAGCAUGUCCCAAAUACCCGGCCGCCGAAUGAGCCAGGUUACGAGUCCCGGCGUCGCGACGGCGCCCAUGAUGAGCCAUGCCGGUACUCGACCAGGCGUUGCCCCAUCUCAGAUGCCCGCUCCCCAGAUGCAGCACCCACAAUCCCCGGAAAUGCCAGCCGCUAGCGGCGCAGAGGAGUCGCCACUUUAUGUGAAUGCUAAGCAAUUCCAUCGUAUCCUCAAGCGUCGUGUUGCUCGACAGAAACUUGAGGAACAGCUCCGACUGACGUCCAAAGGACGCAAGCCAUAUCUUCACGAGUCACGCCAUAAUCAUGCAAUGCGCAGACCUCGCGGCCCUGGUGGACGUUUCCUCACUGCCGAGGAGGUGGCAGCAAUGGAUCGCGAAGGUGAAAAGAGUGUCGAUGGCAAAGAUAAUUCUGCCGGGGAAAGCUCUGGUACUACAGGAACAAAGCGCAAGUCUGAAGCCGGCUCAGCCACCUCAAACAAGAAAGCUAAGACGGACACAGCAAGCCCAGGGGAUGAAGAUGAGGACGAUGGUUGAUAUUGCAAAUAAGCUAUAUCACCUUCUCUCUAAUUUUUCAGCCUACCAGCGGUUUACGACGUCACGAAAGCACGAUUGUUUCUUCUUUUCAUCGCCAUGCUGCCCGCAACGGCCUGAAUGGUUCCAUACAGAGCGAGCAUUUCUUUUUGAUCGGAUGAGGUAUCUACAGUUAUUGGCGGGUUGAUGAUAUCGGCACCUUCGUUUAUGUGUUGCAGCGGCUCAUACCGUUCAAACACCAUCCGGCACGGCGUCCUUUCUUGACGGGUUUUAUUUUAAUACAGCGCUUCACUGGCAACAGCAGAUCAUUCAGGGUUUGGACGGGUGUCACCUUAGGGAUAACAGAUGGACAGAAUGGAUGGACGAUUCGUUACGAUGGAUACCCCGCUUGAUUAUAUCGUUCGAUCUUUUCCCCUGCGUCUGCUGUCUCACUUCCUAGCGUUCUGUUGCAUACGCCAGCAUGGAACUGGUCCCGGGCAUACGUCGGUCUGGCUACCGAACGAUAAGCCACACUGUCACUGCGCUCACGAUUCAGAACUGAUCAUCUCAUAAAAGUGAGAUUAGACGACGAAUGGGAAAAUCGGAUUCAGAAAAGAAAAAAAAAGAAAGAAAACGUAAAGGGAACUCAGAUGGACAAGAUACCGUGUUACUUACUCACUUAUCAAGUGGCUUGGUCAACUUGACACCAUUGAAUGAGGUCCUCAAAGGGUUGUAUAGGUUUAGAGUCAGCGAUGAUGGUCCGGCGUUGGAUCUGAAGUAUAGGAGAAAUGUGUUUAAGGAUUAAAGCUUGUAAAUUGUUUGUUUUAAAUUUGAUGACUCAUAUGUCAAAAUUGCUGUCAUGAUAAUGUUCUCUCCCAAUGUUUUUGACCACCAUUCAUAAUCUCACAUUGCUGUCUACGUCACUGGUGAAUGGAGAGACUGACAUCAACGAACGUGUAUCAGAUCUCAGAGCACGAGGCUUAAACAAUUGAGCUUGUUUAGCAGAAAAAGCAUACAUUCGAAACUAAGUAUCAACAAUGGAACGGGGU